AGCUGUCACUCAGAGGUGGGGCUGUACACGCUCUCCUCCUCUCCGUGUGACCGUGGCCGGCCGGAUGGCUGAGCUACUCCAGACCGGGGCUGUGGCCGGGUCUUCAUGGUUCCUAUCGUCUUCUUUCCCCCUGAAAGGUGAAGACAGUGUGCUUAUGGCAGCAAUCAUGGAUAACUGGAAAUGAGCUGAAAUGGAAACGCCAACCAAGUAACUCGUAAACUUUGGUGUCUUCAUCCGGAAUCAAAAUGAGUGAUGUUCAAGCCACUGUUGAAUUUUCAGUGGAGCUCCAAAAAUUCUACAAUGUGGAUUUAUUUCAGAGAGGGUUUUACCAAAUACGUGCAUACAUGAAAAUCCCUCCUCGAAUCCCUCACAAAAUUGAAGCAGUUCUUUUACGUGCCACAGGUGAUGAUUUAGCUUUUCCAGCUUUAGUCCAAGAUAAUGUGGUCUACAGUAAAAUCUUUCAAAUUCUGUACAAGAAUGAGGAGGUUGCCGUUAACGAUGUAAUGAACUUCAAAAUUAAGAUGCUUCUGGAUGAAAGAAAGAUUGAAGAAACUUUAAACGAACUGACUUUUCAGCUUUCUCUUGACCUAUAUUUUACAGACACUGAUUACUCACCAAAUGACCCAAACGCCUUGCAACUAAUUAGUAGCCGAAAUUUAAAGUUGCACUUUAACUUACACGGAGGCCUUCAUCAUCACAUCAAUUUAAUGUUUGAUUACUUCCAUCUCUCGGUCAUAUCCGUUAUAGUUCAUGGUUCCCUAGUUGCGCUACAUCAACCACUAAUCAGUUUUCAUCGAGCAAUGAAAAAUACUUGGCUGAAUAGAAAUGCUCCAACCCAGUACAAGGAUUCUACUAUACCAACUUUGGAAAGUGUAGUGUUUGGCGGCAACUACACCAAGCAGCUGUCAGCAGAUGGAAACAGCUUUGUAGUUCAAGAAAGUUUCUUACAGCAUGCUUACAAUUUCCAUUAUACACUCUGUGCCUGUUUGCUGCUAUCAUUUAAGGGAUUAUACAGCUACUUCAUGACAUUAACAAAAGAACUGCCUUCCUCUCUGAAAUUGGAGCUGGCCAAGCCCCGCAUGCAGGUCCUUUAUGAACGCCUCCUCAGAAGAAAAUAUCCAUGGGCCCCAAGAGACGACACUCAGGAAAAAAUUGACGUAGACUGUCGUCUCUUAGAAAUGUGCGAAGAUGUCAAGAAAAUUGAGAACCCAGAUGAGUUGGCAGAAGUAAUAAAUAUGAACCUUGCACAGCUUUGCUCGCUUCUUAUGGCUCUGUGGGGUCAGUUCAUUGAGGUCGUUGCCUUGCAGGAUGAAAUCACAGGCCUGGUUUCACAAGAGCAUCACACAUUAAGGGUUCGCAGAUUUGCAGAGGCUUUCUUUUGUUUAGAGCAUCCCAGAGAAGCUGCUCUGGCAUACCAAGAACUACAUGCUCAGAGCCAUCUUCAAAUGUCUACAGCUAUAAAGAACUCCACCUACUUCAGUUCGCUCCCUCCACUCCCUCUUGAAUGCUCUGAAAUGGAUGGAGACUUUACCUCGCUGCCAAUCAUCUUUGAAGAUCGCUAUUUAGAUUCUAUAACAGAAGACUUGGAUGGACCCUGGAUGGGAGUUCAGAAUUUGCAGAAGUCAGAUUCCAGUAAACUGGGCAAGAGUGAGAAUGAAGAGGGGUCUGCUUGUGGGCUUGCCAGUCCAGAGCUGAAAGUCAGAACUGAAGGUGUCCCCGCUGCCUCUUGGUGUACAGAAGGUGAAAAACCUCAAACAAAAACCCACAAGGGUAAAGGUGAAGAUGACAAUAAAUCAAAAUCAAAAGUAAAUAAAUUUAUGAGAACAAUGAAAACUGAGAACCCCAAAAAAAUAGUAAAGCAAAAUUCUAAAGACUCCGUAGUUUUAGUGAGCUACAAAUGUUUUAAAGCUGCUACAGCAGAGGCUAUGUCUAAGCCAUUUGAAUUCAGGCCUUCACAUUGUCAGAAGGAUGGACAUAACCCUGUGUAUGGGUUUCUGCCAAGUGACACUAAGUCCUCUGGGUUACAAACAUGGCAGAAGGGGCAUAUAUCUGCACCAUGUAAUGCAGAUGUGAAUAAACCACUGCCAGGAAGAGAUGACAGUGCCGAGAAAAGCCAGAGGAGUACUUGGGAUUCUGGUAACCUAACACAUUUCUCCACUUCCACCAUUUUAGGUGCAAUCAACACGCAACAGGAAAGUACGGACGUUUCGCAAGUGGAUCGCACACUACAUCCUGAAGGAAAUUACCAUGGUGCUCCAGCAAUGAUACCUUCAGGAGUGAGAACAAUCGAGGUGAAGCCCAGUAGCAAGAACCCAUACGAGGGUGAGAAAGUAACAGUUAUUUUUGGCUCCAAGUCAGAGGCUUGUAAAGACAUGAACUUUAAAGAUGGCUUGCAGCAGCAUGGGUUUCCAUCUCUGGGUAGUGGACCAGCGUCUUCCCUAGAGCCAGAUUCUGUAUUUGAUAAAGAUGUUGCAGUGGAAACAAAUUUCAAAUUGACUGGGAAUGGUGAUGCUGUUUCACGUGUGAAACACAAUCAACUGAUUGCCUCUAAAGAGGUCCACAUUGUAGUGAGUGGAGACACCAUUAAAUUGCCAGAUAUCAGUCUUACCUGUGCUUCUUCAAGGUUUUCUGAUUCUGGUGUAGAAAGUGAGCCCAGUUCUUUUGCAACUCACCCAAACCCAGAACCAAGCUUGGAAAACCCAACUGAUCAAGGUACAGUUGCAACUGAUAAAGUAUGUCCUCAACUUUUAUUAAAGCCCGAAACAAAUUUGAAGACUGCAGCAGAAAGUCAUUGUACGGAGAGCACUAGUGCACUGAGUGAAAUCCAGUCGUCUUUGACAUCUAUUAACUCACUUCCUUCGGAUGACGACGAGCUGUCACCUGACGAGAAUUCUAAAAUCUCAAUCGUUCCUGAAAGCCAUUUGAGGGACAGUAAAACUGUAGUUGACCUGGGUACAAUUGAUUUGCCAAAGCAUGACACAAAAAAGCCCAGCAUUCUUGUUCAACCUCAUCCUCAGUGUGUUGUUUUUUCUGAUAACGAAACUGCAUCUGUGCAUUCUUCGCUUUCCAGUAUCAGAGAUCUUUUCCAGUUUGCCAUUUCUGAUGAGGAAACUCAGAAUGAGAUAAAAAGUAUUCCUGUCCCUUUGUCAGGUGCCAUAACCACCUUUCGGGAGCCUCGAAUUCCAGACAAGCUUCAUAGUGCUGAGCAAGGUGCCUUGAAUGCAGAAGUUCUUGUUGUAGGGGAACCAUCUGUAGUUUCAGGCUCAGUUGCUGUGGAAGAAAAUGUUAGCCUGGAACAAGACCUAGAGAAACCCAUCGAUGUUGAAAUAAAAUCCAUUGGUCAGAACUUGCCCAAAGUUGUAACAGAAAGUCAGACUAUUACAAUUUCUUGUUCAGGUAAUAGCAAUAGCAAUGAUAUGGUGAAGCAAGGGCUUGUAGAAAAUUACUUUGGCUCUCAAAGUAGCACUGACAUUUCGGACAUUAGUCCUGCAGAUGAUGUCAAAUAUGUCAGCCCAUCAAAAGAGAAUUCAAUAUCACAGUCCGUUUCUUCCCCACAAGGAGAUGAUGAUGAGGAAGAACAAGAUGAAGAAAUGAUUCAGAAUGGAUACUAUGAAGAAACUGAUGGUCCAUUGUGUUAUUCCGAUGAUACGGUCUGUGAAAUUAGUCAGGAUGCUUCACAGGAGCAAUGUUUGAGAGCAGAGCAGAUACAUUCGGAGUUCUUACGAGAUGCUGUAAAUAUGCCUAGUGUUUGUACUCCCAGCUGUUUAUCCUUUUCUUAUACAUUAAGGGACUCUCCUUGUGGACUUGCAUAUGCUUCAAGAAAUACACUUGAUACUAUUACAAAGCAGCCAGGUGGUGCAGCACCAGCUUCACCCUCGUGUCUUUUAUGGUAUGAAAGUUCUCCGAAGCCUUUAAUGCUUGCGUUCCUGCAAGCCAAAGAGGAACUGAAACAACUAAGACUCCCUGGGUUUUUGUACAGUGAUGUCCCCCAGCUGGCUUCCACUGUUCCGUAUUUCACUUUGGAGGAAGAAGAUGGCUUUGAAGAAGGAAUACAUUUAAUUGUUUGUGUCCAUGGACUUGAUGGUAACAGUGCAGACCUUCGCUUAGUACGAACUUACAUUGAGCUUGGGCUGCCUGGUGGCCGGAAGGAUUUUCUAAUGUCCGAAAGGAACCAGAAUGAUACUUUUGCUGAUUUUGACACUAUGACAGAUCGUCUAUUAGAUGAGAUAAUACAGUACAUUCAAAUCUACAGUCUGUCCAUUUCAAGGAUAAGCUUUAUAGGCCAUUCUUUGGGCAAUUUAAUUAUACGUUCGGUUAUCUCAAGACCUAGAUUCAAAUGUUACCUCAGCAAGCUGCAUACCUUCCUUUCUCUGUCUGGACCACACCUGGGCACACUCUACAACAGCAGUGCCCUUGUCAACACAGGUUUGUGGUUUAUGCAAAAGUGGAAAAAGUCAGGAUCCCUUUUGCAGCUCACGUGCAGAGACCACUCUGAUCCACGGCAAACCUUCUUAUACAAACUUAGCAAGAAGCCCGGCCUUGAGCACUUUAGGAAUGUGGUCUUGGUGAGUUCCUUGCAGGAUCGAUAUGUUCCCUAUCACUCUGCGCGCAUUGAGAUGUGCAAAACCGCUCUAAAGGACAAGCAGUCAGGACCAGUUUAUGCUGAAAUGAUCAAAAAUAUCCUGCUACCUGUUCUGCAGAACAAAGACUGCAAUUUGGUGCGAUAUGAUGUCAUACAUGCAUUACCCAAUACAGCAAAUUCUCUGAUUGGAAGAGCAGCCCACAUUGCGGUUCUCGACUCCGAAGUAUUUUUGGAAAAAUUCUUUCUGGUUGCUGGCCUCAAAUAUUUCCAAUAGGAGAAUUGCGCUGCCAGUCCUACAUAUAAUACCUCAUUAAAAUAAAUCUCAAAGUAUGUGGUAUCAAAUUAUUUGCCAUUGUAUUUUGAGUGAUAUUUAUAUGUUUUUCUUUUCAUUUUUGUUUUUAUAAUGGACGAUAACUUGUUAUAUCAUCCAAUUUGAAAUAAAUUAGCGGUUACCAAUUGCAAUGUA